UUUUUGAUAAGGAAGUUCGCUGUCACUUUAAUUUGCUGCUUCCUUGUUUAGGGCUGUCUUUGUUGUCUGUGCUACAGUGAAGUGACACAGUGAGGCCUAUUGUGUGCUGUUCAUUCAGAGAGCAGAGGUGUGAAAAGUAUUCAAUUUUACCACCGUAUUAGACUUGUACAGUAGCAAGGAGCUGUAAAAAUCUAUGAAGUUUGUGUGUUACAGCUAACUGAAGAGGUCAACCAUCAUUUAUAAGCACACACAAGGUGCAUUGCUGCCAUCCGGUGUUACCAAGAGGAUGGGCUAGCGCAAUGAUUACGACUCUAGCUGCCAGGAGAUCCUGCAGACAGGGAAAUUGAAUCCUUGGUUAUGGAUGGGAAAGAUUCUGCAGUAUUCUGUUGAACUCGGAAAAGGAGUCCUGGCCAGUGCUCAUCUACAAACAGUAUCGUUUAUUACACAUUUGGAUCUCUCAGCACAACAGAUGAUGUAUUGUACAAUGAGCUCUGAGACGAUGUCAACGCAACCCUAUAACUGACAGCUUGAUUCCACUGGAAUCUCCCCAUUUGUCACCGCCACAAUGCCUGUGCAGGCUCCGCAAUGGACAGACUUCCUCUCCUGCCCAAUCUGCUGCCAGACGUUCGAUGAGAACAUACGCAAGCCCAUCAGCUUAGGCUGUGGACACACGGUCUGCAAGAUGUGUCUCAACAAACUUCAUCGCAAAGCCUGUCCUUUUGAUCAAACCACUAUUAACACAGAUAUAGACAUGUUACCUGUGAACUCUGCACUGUUACAACUGGUGGGAGCCCAGAUUCCAGAGCCGCAGUCUGUCACCUUGUGUACAGGAGCAGAAAAUACCAAACACUACGAAGAGGCAAAAAAAUGUGUGGAGGAAUUGGCACUGUACCUCAAACCACUCAGCAGUACCAGAGGUGUGGUGCUCAGCAGCGCUGCACAGAGCGUGCUGAGCAGGCCCAUGCAGAGGAAGCUGGUUACACUGGUUCACUGUCAGCUGGUGGAAGAGGAAGGCCGGAUUCGGGCAAUGAGAGCUGCUCGCUCACUGGGGGAGCGCACAGUCACUGAACUCAUCCUUCAGCAUCAAAACCCACAGCAACUCUCAUCCAACCUCUGGGCAGCUGUCCGAGCCAGGGGCUGCCAGUUUCUUGGACCAGCUAUGCAGGAAGAAGCCCUCAAACUGGUCCUGCUUGCACUGGAAGAUGGCUCCGCACUCUCUAGAAAAGUCUUGGUGUUGUUUGUCGUCCAGAGGUUGGAGCCUCGAUUUCCUCAAGCCUCAAAGACCAGCAUUGGGCACGUGGUGCAGCUGCUGUACAGAGCCUCCUGUUUCAAAGUCACAAAGCGAGAUGAAGAUUCCUCUCUGAUGCAACUGAAAGAGGAGUUUCGGACGUAUGAAGCACUACGGCGGGAACACGACUCUCAGAUUGUGCAGAUCGCCAUGGAAGCUGGCCUUCGCAUUGCUCCUGACCAGUGGUCUUCUCUCCUUUACGGAGACCUGUCACACAAAUCUCACAUGCAGUCCAUCAUUGACAAGUUGCAGACACCUGCCUCCUUCGCACAGAGUGUUCAGGAGCUGACAAUUGCCCUUCAACGAACUGGAGACCCUGCCAAUCUAAACCGCCUUCGUCCACACCUCGAGUUACUGGCCAACAUCGACCCCAGUCCAGAUGCCCCUCCUCCCACAUGGGAGCAGCUGGAAUGUGGCCUGGUGGCGGUAAAGACAGUAGUGCAUGGCCUGGUGGACUUUAUACAGAACCACAGCAAGAAAGGCACUGACCAGCAGCAGUCAGCUCAAAGCAGCAAAUACAAAACAAGCAUGUGCCGGGACCUGAGGCAGCGGGGAGGCUGUCCUCGAGGAGCCAGUUGCACUUUCGCCCAUUCCCAGGAUGAACUUGAAAAAUUUCGCAUGCGGAACAAGAGGUUAGCAGCCGGCCGGACCCUCAGCCAGUCCCUGACCCAGCUCAGCAAGGUUGGAGGGGUGAUGUCGGUAACGUCCAACACCUUAUCGGACGAGGGCUCCUUGGAAACUGGCACGAAGCCUGUGUCCAUUCAGAACGGCAUGGUGGCAGCGAGCAGCAGCAUUGCACAGCUGAUCUCCCGUGGCACCGACUGUGCCUACGACCUCACCAUGAAGUCGGGCAAGAUGAGCGACAUGAGCAUGAGCGCACCAGGCUCGGUGUCGGGAUCACCACCUGACUCGAUGGAAAUGUCCCAGAAGAACUCGCUCGGUGCCUUGCCCAUCAAUACCCUGUCUGUGCCACCCCGGAUCAGUGCGGAGAUGCCACCCAUGCCAGUCUCCAAGCCAAUUCAGAUGGUGCCGCGGGGAUCGCAAAUGUACCCGCCCACUCAGCAACCGGACGUGUACUACCAGGACCCGCGGAGCUCUGCAACUUCGUACGAGGCUGCACAGUGUCCACCAAACCUUUACUAUCCUCACCAUUCUUCAGGAACUGUGACUCCAUACCUGCCGCAGUAUCGACGGACUAGCAAUGUGCCAGAACCUCCAAUGCCCCCUUCCACCCUUCAGUACCAGGACCAUUACCCAGCCUACAUUUCAGAGAGGAUGGGAAGUUCUCAGUACUCUAGCCCUCAGCAGUACCCACUGGCACAGCCGGUGUCAGGAAUGUACCCAGCACAUUACGAUGGGCGCCGGGUUUACCAUCCUCCACAGUCCUACACGAGGGAGGAAAUGCGAAACAGCCCGAUACCCGUGGAUUUGCCAUCUGCCGUCACCAACUAUGUCACAGAGCCCAGAGACCGCUAUGCCCCUGAAAACUACUACACUGUGAGUCCUCACCCCAACCAGAUCAGACCUCCUUACAGGGAUCCUCAUGUCAGGGUGCCACAGCACCAACCUCAACCUCAGCCAAGCCUGGAUUAUCUUCACCGGCGCAGGAAAGAGUUAAUGGCCCAACUCGAGGAGAGGAAGACCAUUUCUCCACCUCCCUUCCCCCCGACCGCAGCAAUGCCAUCUUCCUUUGUCGAUGUUUCCCCCGAGUAUUCUGAUGAGGACCUGAAAGCAGUCAAGAAGUACAAGGACCAUGAAUACGCCGCUCAAUACUCGCCCUGGUCUUGCGACACUAUUGGUUCCUACAUUGGCAGCCAAAAUGCACAACCUAAAGACAUUAUGCCUUCCAGUGGAAUGGAGAUGAAUAACGUUGACAGUAAAGGCCUGAGGGAGCAGCUGAUGAAUCUGGACCUUCAGAGGAGAGCAGCCGAGAGCAAGGAGGAGGAUCCCAUCAUACCCUUUGGGGAGUUGCCAACUGUUUCCAAAUUCGGUGCCAUUUCUCGCACCUCUAAAACCAGCUAUCAGACAACAGGGCCAGUGCAGGCAGUGGCCUCACAAGGCAUUGCCACGAAGCCCAUCAGUGUCUCGGAUUACAAUCCAUACGGAAGCCACAACAGUUGGGCGAACUCACCAGUCUCGUACUCGUCACACCAAACCAUGCCUACUCAGGGACAUUUCAUUGACAGAGAGAGACUGAACAUGCAAGAAGUGGCUGCCUCUGGAAAACACACUGUGGCUCAGUUGCCUCCAACGGACAGGGAGCAACUGAGGUUGGAGCUACAGCAAGUGAACCAGCAGAUCAGCCAGCAGAACCAGCUGCGAGGAAUGGAGCCUGCUAACAGCCCAGUGCUGUUGCAGCGAGAAGUCUCCAGCCAGGCUCCACCACAGCACACCUCGUGGCCCAGCCUGAUGUCCAGCGAGCAGCUGAGCUUGGAGCUGCACCAGGUCGAGAGGGAGAUUGGCAAGAGAAAGCACGAGCUGGAAACGGAAAGUCGUCCCUCGCUUGAUAUCCAGUAUAAACUGGCAUCUAAUAAUCAGACUGAGAAUGGACAGUCUGAGCAGCAGCAUAAAGCCCCUGAGGAUCUGCAGCCUUCCCUCAGUGAGGGGUCAAAGGUCGGGGCCUCCAGCUUUAUGACAGAAAGCGCCAUCAACACUCUAACCAGCAAGUGCAACUCUCUGAACCUGGCUUCUGAUACCAAGGGAGCAGGUGACCGCUGUGACAGCCAGCAGAACGGGAUUUAAACAAACAACCUGCCCUGGACAAGCCAGCCCAAAUGUCUGGUUUAAAGAAAAACGCAGCACUGCAACCCGACAAACUUGACAUGCCACUCAUCUAGAUGCAAUGCGUCAAAUUAGCAUCAAAUUUAUUUGUUGUUGUCGUGUACGUGUGAAAUAACAUUUUGUUUUAUUAGUGUGCAUGCCUUGGCUUGCAAGGCAUGGGACAUAUCCUUAUGAUUACCUGGUUAAUCUUAGCGAAGUAAUCUCACCCUAUUGUAUACCCCUACUUCAGAACUGUGCCUGCAACAGCGCAAGUUGAUGAAGUCACAUUCCCAUGGGAUUCUGAGAUGAUGUGACAAAGGAUGACGUCACAGAUGGAACCUUUUUAGUUCCACCGCAGUGAGGAGAAAAUCCUUCCACUAACCUACUUACUGAAAGGUUGUUACUCCUCUGGGGGGAGAGAGCUCCGCCAUCUCUACCUUUUUUAUAGGACCUUCACCUGGAGGUUUUAUAGCCAGAUGGAGGGAAAAGUCAGGAGCCCUCUCAACCAGAAAAGUAACAUUCUUAAAUAUUGUCAUUGUGCUUUCCACAGGGUGGAAAUUAACUAACCCAAGAGCAGCCUUACUGGAAAAGGUUUAUUGCUUUCUGAACACAUUCGCAUGUUGAAGACGUUGCCUCCUUUUGCUUGGCCUGGCUCCAGAGAGUCUCAUGGAAGCUGAAGCUUCACUCAGACUGGAGAGAUGGUGGUUUGGUCAUAGGGUCCCCACUGUGGAGGAAUUUGACCACAGGGACUUAGUGUGGGAGGGUGAGGGCGGAGAAUCCAUUUCCUCUAAACUAUGUGAUUGCAUGUUUUUGCAUCAAUUGGAAAUAUGCCAUGCAGAGGACAAACAUGCUAUUUAAGAUGCUCUCUUUUAAGAUAGACCCUUACACAGCUAUCUUAAAAGGACUGAACAGUGGUGUCAAACAAACCACAUGGAGAUGAAGCAUUGGUAGCCCCAGUGUAGGAAGGGGCUGGACAGCACCAACACUACCUCCAGCUCCCCACCCACCCCUUAUUCCCCACCCUCCCUGAGUGGACUGAGACUUGGAGCCCUAGCUCUGGGAGAGGCUGAAGGAGUUAGAGUUGGGAUUGAGCGCUCUGGCUGUCUCCUAUUUGCACUCUACCACUAGUCAACAGCAGCAAAAGUCACAGGGAUCCAAACAGUGGAAAAUGAUCAAAUAAGAUAGAACUGCAGAGACAGAAUAAGCCAUUCAACUGGCAUGUUUGAAGCACCAAAGGACAAUGUUGCUUCUCUUCAAUCUGCAGUGAACUCUGAGCAAGUUCGGUAUUUGAUCAUUAGUUUUUCUGUGGCUCUAAUAACCAGUUAUAACAAUGAUUCUGAUCAUGCCCCAGCCUUGAGUCUGUCAUGACUUCAUCAGAGAUGUUGUGUGGACAGGGUCCCAGCUCUGUGUUUUCCCCCCACCCCUCCGUCAGGGUCCCAGCUCUCUGUGUCCUCCCCACCCCAGUCGGGGUCCCAGCUCUUCGUGUACCCCGUGAUGGUGUGCACUUGACCGGCCAUGUCAGGCUGUUGGUUACUGACUUCUGCUUGGCAUUUGAGCUUUGUACAGUUUUUGUGUGUGUUUUUUUUAAUGCGGAAAAGUUCUUUUUGGCACUGCUUUUAAAAAUGGACAAAGGCUGGUGUCAAGAGCUUCCUCUUGACAUUGAGGAGACUGAUUUUUGUUGCAGUCUGCUUCAGACCUGACCCUCCUGUUUGGCAGCUUGCUUCAGCUGGUCUCAGCAACCGUAUGGACCUGGCUCAAUGUGACAAUUAGGACUGGCAUCCUGGGCACUGUUUAUCACAGCAGUGUCCAGUGAACCCACCACACAUUCCCACUACUGUAUUAAACAGGAAGGGACCUAAUAAUUCCUGUCAAAUUGGAGGGGGCAUAACAUAACAAGAGGUUUCCAGACUUUGUGUUGAGAGCGGUGGAUUUCACAUUUUUAGAGAGAGAGAGAGCGAGACCCCCCCACCCGCUGCCCCAGUUGGGUUGAGUUCAAACUUUUGAGUUCAUGCCUGACCUUUACCCUUCCUUACCCCAAACACACGUGACCUUCAGCCUGAUACUGGCCUUGGUCAGUGCUCUGCCCACUGGUUUAAUACCCUCUUCUAUGGUGUGUGGUAUCUGUGCCACGUCUGAGUUUAAAUCAACAAGUCGGUAUUGUUGUCCUCAGCCAUGCUGGGGACAUUGUUCACAGGACGAUUCCUAAAUGUCUGGAGGUUGACCCGUAUCGGGGAGACCUUCCUGAUCCACGCCAGUGGUGCAGCCCCAUUCAUUUGAUUUUAAAAAUAUUCUCGCUGAGGAUUGACACCUGUUCCACCCCUCCCCACCUCUCUGCCAGCACCAGCUUUCAUAUCUCAUAACCUUCAGCUCCUGCUCCUGAGCUACAGUGCAGUGUUCAGGCUGCCACUCUCGAUCAGUGAGAGUGUAACAAGAACUCGCUUGGGGUAGGUAGCAUCAAGGGACUUGAUUCCUAAAAGGCUUGCAUUGUCACGGUGUGUAAGCAGGAAGGCUACCAGAGGGAAGGGAUGGAGAAGAUCUUUAUCACCUCUGCUGAUUCUCCUAUUUCAAAAGUGGGUGAAGAGCUAGACUGUGCAAACUGGGCUGUUUGUGGGCGAGAAGAUGAGGCAUUAAUCCAUCAGAAACCUCUUUCUCCAACCAUACUCAAGAUACGUGCAUCCCCUGUUUAUUUCCAAAUUCUAGCAAGUGCAGUUUUUUUUUGCUCUUUUUCUCUGGGGGUUAGUAUGAAAGCAUGAAGCAAACUAUGGAUCCCACCUCGCAAGGUGAAAGUACGGAUCUGUUGAUCCCAGAAAGGAGAGGGCCAAGGUCAGUUCACUUUGGAACUGCUGCCCAGACCAUUUUCAUAUUUCUCUGGGAUGCUUCAAACUGAAAGGUUUCCUGAGCAAAGCACUCCCUGUUAAAAUAAAGUUGCUCAAUGCUUUGUCAACAGUAUCGGUCACAAAUCAUCAAAUGUUUUUAGAUUACUUUUGCAGCAGAGUGUGUAACUCUUUCCUUCUGAAUGCAAAGUGCAUUGAUCUCAGUCAUGCUGCUACUACAACACAGGGAAUAUGUCAACGCCUGGGCUGGUAGAAUACACGGGACGCAUAUCCCUCACUUUCUCCCUCCCUCCCUCACUUGUGGUGUCAGGUACCAGGGUGUGAGGGUGCCCCUUAUAGUGUCAGAUACGGUGACUUCCUUUUGAAUGUUUAAUAUCUCUGUGUCCCAUUAGCUGUUUCACUCCCUUGAUCUUGUCAAUGACUUUUGUGAAGUUGUUUUUCCUAAUAGGGAAGGAGUUAAUUUAUGAUUUGUUUGGGGGAGGGCACUGCUGAUUUGCCAAUAUUACAAUAGGCAUAAAAUCUGAUGUUGGCCACUAGGAUUUCCCAGGGCAUAUGUUGAGCUAGAGGUUGGGCACCAGAAUGGACCACAGGAUGAAGACUCUUAGCAGCGUUCAGUACCGAGUCCACGGUAGCUCUGGAAUGUUAGUCACAAGUGACUGACAAAGCCUGUUUAAUUUCAUGCAGCUCAUUCACUGGGUGAUCUCCCACACUAGAGACUUAACUCUGCUGAAUUCUGGCAGGUUGAGGUGGGAGGCACCCAAGGAGAGGAGCUCUCACUUUCACAGGUCUUGUCUAGAUUGGACGAGGCUUCCAGGUACAUUCUGCUGACUCCAGUCAGUAAUGUGAAAUGUCAGUCCAGCUCACCGAUGCAAUUCCACCCUGAAACCUUCUGAACCGCCACCACCUCCCGACGACGACCUCGCCCCCCCCCCCCCCCCCCCUCCCCCGUCCCAACCUGUUCCAUCUGACCCUCUUCUCUCCAGCAUCCUUGCUUCCUUGUGGCUUUAAGAAGCUCCAGCUCCAUUUUAUUCCCUGGAAGCAGCCCUGCAGAGUGAGGCCUUGUUUGUUUGUUGUCUGUCUGGAUCUUGGGGCAGAAUAUUCCAGAUUCUGUCAUUUUUGUCAGUUUUGAUUUGUAUGUGACUUCCUUUUCUUUUAGAGAUGCCAUGCACCAGGUCUGAACAGAGAGCUAGACCGAGCGAACGUCUUUAGUUUUAGUUUGUUUGGCUGCCGCUGAUAAUCAGUGAGGGCCUCUGAGUGUGCAUGCCCCACAGAUUGCACCUUGGCCAUUGUGGGAAUGGGAGCUGUUACCACAUGGCCAAAUGUUGACUGAGUGAGGGUUUCACAUUGUGUGGGGCUUCGUACAGUACAGAUUGACGGUGGCACUUUUGGUUUAGUUUGUAAACCGCUGCCAGUUGCAGUUUCUAGCUGGUCUUGUCAGUCUGGAUGCUUGGAAUGGUUCUUUCUUUUUGAGAUUCCAAUGCAGAAAAGUCAGCGGUGAGUGUGUUUGUGAAAUUGCAUCAGUUAAUCUCAGACCGGCUAUUUUCUGUAUUUUUAAUUCAGCUGUUUGCUAUCAGCAGAGGUAUGAAUUUUAUCCUACAAUCAGGCUGUGCUAAUGCGAGGGACUGGCUUUCAUCCCUCACCAGGUUUUUACUGUCUCCCUGCUAAACUGCACAUUUCUAACACAGUGCUCCCAUACACUCUCUAAACUGCUGCCCCACACUCUCAAGCUAGCAGACUUCUGUCAGAAUCCCAAGAUUCUCCCAAUCUCAAACUCAUUUCAGCCAGUACAUCUCUCAAUGUCUGUCCCCCUCACGUUCUCUUACUCUCUACCUUUAUCUUGUUCUCACUUUGGCUUAGUUUCUCUGUCUCUCUCUCUGUCUUUUCUGAACAUGCUUUCUUCUUUAUAUCCACUGCUCUCUACUUUCCCUGUUUUCCUCAUUGCAUGCCUCUUUCACACAUUAAGAUGCAAUCCCCAGUCCUGUAGAAGGAGCCUUGAAUUCUGUGUGGUUUGGGUAGUGCACUGGGGAAUGAAGAUGCUGCAACAAGUUUGGGAUUUGCCUUGAUAUUGUGCGGGGAAGCUACCACUGACCACAUGUAGGGAACUGCUAACCUCUAUACAAUCCAAGGGCUCCACCAUGUGCCAGCCCUUUUUAUCCAAAUUGACCUGAAACCUCCUGUUAGACCAGGCAUGUAAUGGGAUUGAGGGAUGUAUAAUUUCCUCCCCCCCCCCCCCCCCCCCGCCCCAACCCCAGCCCCUUUGAGUGUUUAGACAUCCAACCAGUUACGAACCCAAUCAACUAUGGGCAUCGUAUGUAUGAUCUCCGAUGUGGGCACUGUGUGCUUGAGUGGUUGAGAUCCUAAUGAUUCUAAUCAUUAACGUUGGAAAUGUGCAAUUUCUUAAAUACCAUUGGAAAGGCAGGAUGUGGACCCAGGCAGCUGAGGAGCCUUUUUGGAUGGUUGGAUCCCUUCACUGCCUAUCACUCAACUCUUACCCUCAACCUCAGGCCUCCCAUUCUCUCUCACCCCCAUGAUCAGCCUCAUUUUAUACACUGGAUCUUGGGAAUCACUCCAUAUGAAGUGCUUUGGAUCUACAGUUGGCACACAGGCACUUACAGCUGCCCAGUGAUGUUUGGUCUUUGCCAAGGGAUCUGAGGAGGAGAGUGUACCGAUGAUUGUUAGGAGGCUUUAACUGUAUCGCGGGAGGAUCUAACCUGACCACAAUUGCUGCAGCCAAUUCUCGCAGUGAGAAUGUUGCCUUUCUCACACAUCAGCUUGUUUAGUUUUCUUAAAUUAAGGUAAAAAAAAUUUCCUGAAAAUUUUGUUUGAUAUACUCCAGUAUGGAAUGUUUUAGAAUAUCUUUCUCCAAUGUGGAAUGUAGCUUUUUUUCCUUUGUAAAGAAUUCACUGUGUGAACAUUGUUUUUUGCCUUUGUAUAGUACAAUAAUAUUCAGCUUCAGGAUUGGGGAGAUUAAAAAAGGGGGAAAACAAACUGUACAUGAGAUUGUUCUGCUUGUCAGAAAAUGAAUGCAGUUUGUGCAACAUGAGGAGUUCAAAAGGACUUCAAAAAAUUGUUUAAAAAGAAAAAAAAAGUUAAAUUGCA